CUACCUCUCGAUCUCCAUAUCCCCAAUUAGGGUAUCUACAUUCAUAACUAAUCUUUUUGGCAAAAAGAAGCUUGGAGUACCAUCUUUCUUGUUUCCAGAUUACUGGGUUUUUGUUUGUUUCUCAUAUUAGGUUUCUUGGAUUUUGUCUUUCGAAGGAAAAAAGAUUGUGCUCGUCUAGUACGAUCUACAUCACUAAUUGUUCUUUUAACGUAAAUGACAACAAGUUUUUAUAGAUUUCCUGCAAGUCGAGGUCAAGUCGUAAUCUUGCCGGCACUACUGGUGGCUCCACCGGUUUUUACCGACACAACCUCCUCACCCUCGCCGGAAUAUACACCCCGUGAACCUGUCAUCCUCUCCAUCUCAAAGCUAUACAAGAGAGGAAUCUUUGAGAAGUUGCAAUGGCUUCAAACAAUGUCCCCUUGGAGAUCUCCAUAAUUCAUGAUGAACGAGCACCGAUUCAUCAACAACCCAAACCAAAACGAAAAAGAGGAGGUUGGGCUCCAGCGUUUCUCCUUCUUGCAAAUCAAGCCCUUGCAACAUUUGCAUUCUUCGGAGUUGGAGUCAACAUGGUCUUGUUCUUGACCAGAGUCAUCGGUCAAGGCAAUGCAGAUGCAGCAAAUAGCGUUAGCAAAUGGACAGGCACUGUUUAUCUUUGUUCCCUUCUCGGAGCUUUCCUAAGUGACUCUUACUGGGGUCGCUAUCUCACUUGUGCAAUCUUUCAAUUCAUCUUAGUCAUGGGAUUGGUGCUAUUAUCCUUAACAUCAUGGCUAUUUCUAGUGAUACCUUCCGGAUGUGGAGAUGGAGUGAACCAUUGUUUUCCAACUUCAACUAAAGGAACGAUGAUGUUUUACUUAUCGAUUUACAUGGUUGCAUUAGGAUAUGGUGGGCACCAGCCAACAUUAGCCACCCUUGGUUCGGAUCAGUUCGAUGAAUCAGACCCAAAACAUAAAGAAAAAGGCACGAAAGGUGCUUUCUUUGCUUACUUCUAUGCUGCGCUCAACAUCGGAUCAUUGUUUUCGAACUCUAUUCUGGUGUACUAUGAAGAUAUUGGUCAUUGGACAACUGGUUUUUGGGUGUCUAUGUCAGCUUCGGUGGUGGCAUUGUUAUUGUUUUUCUGUGGUUCGUUUCAUUAUCGGUAUGUUCAGGCUUCGGGAAAUCCUUUGCCACGUGUUGGUCAAGUAUUUGUAGCAGCUUGUAGGAAGUGGAAAGUUCGUGUUGAUGAUGAGAAGCAAUUGUAUGAGGUUGAUGGGUUGGAAUCGGCUAUCAAAGGGAGUCGAAAGAUUCUCCAUAGCGAGGAGUUCAAAUGUCUAGAUAAGGCCGCGGUGAUAACAGAGAACGAUUUAAUGGGGCCACAAAAUGAUUGGAGAUUAUGUACGGUGACACAAGUCGAAGAAGCAAAAUGCGUUAUAAGAAUGUUACCAAUUUGGCUAUGUACGAUUAUAUACUCCGUAAUUUUCACUCAAAUGGCGUCUCUAUUUGUCGAGCAAGGCGCGGCCAUGAAUUCCUAUAUUGGAAAAUUCCAUUUUCCAGCUGCCAGCAUGUCGAUUUUCGACAUUGUCAGCGUGCUGAUAUGCACGCUGAUCUACCGAACAGUAUUAGUCCCACUAGUCGGGAGACUAAGUGGAAACCCUAAAGGUCUAACCGAGCUACAACGAAUGGGAAUAGGGUUGAUCAUUGGUCUUUUAGCAAUGAUUGCGGCCGGAGUCACGGAGGUGGAAAGGCUAAAACGGUCAAUUCCCGAGGAACAUACGAGCUCGAUGAGCAUAUUUUGGCAAGUGCCACAAUACGUGCUUGUUGGUGCUUCUGAGGUCUUUAUGUAUGUUGGACAAUUGGAAUUUUUUAACAGCCAAGCUCCUGAUGGGAUCAAAAGUUUUGGAAGUUCACUUUGUAUGGCUUCGAUUUCGCUUGGAAAUUACGUUAGUAGCCUUUUGGUGCAUAUGGUGAUGAGUAUUACUGCGAGGGGUGAUAAAGUUGGGUGGAUUCCGGAGGAUUUAAAUGAUGGUCAUAUGGAUCGGUUUUAUUUCCUUAUUGCGAUCUUGACUGUAUUUGAUUUGGUGCUCUAUGUUUAUUGUGCGAGGAAGUACAAGUGCAUUAGUGUCGAGGAAAAUGGUAAUGAACCCAAGAAGGAAGAAGGGUAAUUCGUUUAGUAUUUUGAAAUUGUUAGCACAUCUUGUUUAUGUUAAAAAGUUAAGAUAGUUUGGUACGUUUAUUAUGGUUUGUUAAAGUUUUCUAGUGAACUUGAGAUUAAUAAC